AUGUUAAAAACUCAAGAACAAGUAUUACAAACAUUAACUAAAAUCAAAGAAUCUGGUGAAUUAGGCACAGCGGAUAAAUCUAAGCCUUGGGUAUUAGCAGGAUUAUCUCCAGCAUUUACUAAAAUAGAUAUUAAUAUUUGGAAUCAAACUCCUACUAACACUAAUGCAAAUGAAUCUGCACAUGCAAAUAUAAACCAAGAUGGUUGUUCUUUAUCACAUUUAGCAGCAAUUUAUCAGUUUCAUGUUGCAAAAACAUAUGAAAAAUAUAAUGUAAAAGAUUCAUAUCAAAAUAAAUCAGAAUUAGCACAUUUAACACUUAAUGCAAAAAAAACUC